GGGAUUGAUCGUGGAAGAUAUUUGAAUGCUAAAUCAAAUGUAUCAUCAGUGUUGUCAGGAGUAGUCAUUAAAAUUUGGCCUACAAGCCUAGUAUUAUUAAAACGAGCAGCAUAAACAUGUCCGGUACAUCAUAAUUUUGUUAUCUUUUACAUCGUACUAAUGUAGAUACAGCAAUAGCUCGACAGUUUCCGCUAAAAGGAAGUAAAAGCCACAAAAGUCGAGAGCAGAAAAAAAACAAAAGAACAAAUGUGACACAUUCCACUCAGAAGUAGAACCUGUACCAUCGCUGAAAAGCAUCCAUAUUCUUUUGGUCCGCGAUGCUGAAUAAAUUGCUCUUACUUCUCUGUCUGGCAGGACCCGGCUUUGCCAAAGAACUUCCAGAUGUCGAUUGUGUCGUGUUGCAUCUGGAAACUGUUAAAUGUACCUGGAACGGACAUGGCAAUCUAACAGUCAAUUACACCUUCCACAGCUGGUUUCAUAAUGAAAAGGCCAGCGCGUGUGAGAUGUACCUGACAAACAACAGUAUAAGAAAUGGCUGCAUUCAGCCCUAUGGUGACAUACUCAACAGGUUCACAAUGUUUUACACACAACUGUUGCAUGACAACAGAACUUCUCUGAAAAAGCAUGAUCUUAAAAACAAAGUUAAGUUAAAUCCGCCGACCAAUCUGACUGUUCAGAAAGGACCAGACUGGAAUCUGUGGUUCUACUGGAAUCAGAUUUCGGGAAAUUGUGUUGAAAAUGAGGUUCGCUACAGGACCAAUUACAAGAAGUGGGACACAUACAAAGUCUAUUCUGGGAAGAAAAAUUACUGCAUCAACUGGCCAUCCAAUUGUUCCCGGUAUGAGCUUCAGGUGAGAAGCAGAUUGGAUGAAACGUGCGGGGCUUCUGACUGGAGUGACUGGAGUGAUCCUGUGAUCUGGCGAUCAAACAACGGCACAGAAUGUGACCAAGUCAGUGGUUCCAUGUUUGUGAUAAUUGUGUACGUUUUGGCUCCUGUCAUACUCAUUCUGAUGGUCGUGCUGUUGCUGAGUUACGAGAGGUUCAGAAUCAUCUUCAUUCGUGUGGUACCAGAGCAAUCCCUGAUUCCUCAAGAGAAGAUUGAGCCUUGGCUUGGAAUCCCCAAAGGCCUUAAAGAAGGCUUCAAGGCAAGCUACCACGAGCAUGCCUGUCCUGUUCGAGAGUAUCGCCAGGUGUCCCAGGACCACUCUGAAAGCCAGAGCUCCAGCAGUUCGACCUCCUCCCGCAACACAAACCAUACAGGCCACUCCAUCUCCAUCCCAAGAGGCAAACUUGGAGGAGUGGGAAACUCCCUGUUCCUCUUAGACCUACACUCCUGCCUAAUCUUGAGGAGCAGCACCUUUCUGUUCAGGAGCUGUGUUUUCAUCACCAUCUUUUUGGGUUAGGGUUUCACCACGCCCGAUUGGAAGUGCCUCAUCAGUUUGGUCAGUAAAACGUGUAUCAAACAAAAUAUUAGGUUCAGAUCAGGAUAAAACAGAAGUGAAAUCGCUAACCAUAUACAGACACCGCUUGCUUGUGUCUGUCAGUAAAUGCACUUAUCUCCUGUUAUUUUGCUAUUGACAGACUGGAAGUAACUAUACCUUGCAACUGGAUAACCUAUAUGUAUCAGUUUAGAUUUUCAACCGUCUUAAUAAAAUAUACAUUAAAUUUCACAAAA